AUGUGUGAAGGCCCCGCCCACAGCCGCCGCCACAGCCGCCACAGCCUCAGAUGCCGGUGGGACUCGGUAGCCUUUACUGAAACUGCUGAUAUCACCGAGCGGUCAGAGAGUGAUGUCACGUCACGGUCAGAGAGUGAUGUCACCGAGCGGUCAGAGAGUGAUGUCACUGAGCGGUCAGAGAGUGAUGUCACUGAGCGGUCAGAGAGUGAUGUCACUGAGCGGUCAGAGAGUGAUGUCACUGAGCGGUCAGAGAGUGAUGUCACCGAGCGGUCAGAGAGUGAUGUCACUGAGCGGUCAGAGAGUGAUGUCACUGAGCGGUCAGAGAGUGAUGUCACCGAGCGGUCAGAGAGUGAUGUCACUGAGCGGUCAGAGAGUGAUGUCACUGAGCGAGCAACAGCGCGGAUACCGGAGGGAACCGACAGCUCACAGCGACGGCCUCACACCAGCCUCCUGCGUUUGACCCUUCGCACUCACCGUAGGUCCGCUUUCAAACAGAACAAGCGAACUUAUAAGUGCUGGUCCAAAGCCUCUGCAGGAUCUGCCUUCUGCACAUUCUCCACAGGCUCGGACCCGGAGAUCCAGACAUUCUCCCAGGAUUGA